AUUUCGGAGCCACAAUGCCAUGGUUUCACCGGCCCACUGCGCUCCGUAGAGAGGGUGUACGGCUCAAUGAUUGGGGCAAAACCACGCUGACCGAUUUAUGUUCCAACCUACAUCGCUCAAGAGAGGCUCUGUUCCAAUCGUAAGUGAAAAGGCGUGCCUGUCCAAAAUAUUCAACGUAUAGUUAAAAAAUGGGAGGGCACACUUGAACUCGUUGAAGUCCUUUAUGAAGGUAGGCUGCAGCGUGUGUUUAUUGAUGAGAUGAAAGAAGAUGGAAGUGAGAAAUGAAAUAAAGUAAGGGAAAAUAUUAAACAAUUCGAAGCCUUGCCGGGGAAAAACCGGGGAAGCUGUGACUCGCUGUCGCCAUUGGAGAACAAGCUUAGGACAGCAGCGAUACGUCUGGAUUGGCUCACGAAGACACUGCCAGGACAUCAAAUGUGAUCUGUGAUGUCAUUGCAAGGUGGGGAGGUUUUGGAGGUGUCCCGUUUAAAUUGAAAGAAAAAGGCUCAGUGUCGUUAUCCUCGCCAGGUGAGCUAUUGAAAGGGUGGUAUUGAAGAGACCACUGUGGCAGAGCGACCUAUGAUAGAGGCAGCAGAGAGGACGGAAGGUAUUGCCUAGCACUGGUCUUCACUCAGCCACCUCCACCAGGAACCUGUAGCAGUGUGUCCCGUGCCUCAUCACCAGCCUCACACACAUCUUCCCAAUCAAGCGUCAUCUGACUGUGUGACAUCAGUUGCAAGGGGAUGACCGAGCGCAUUCAUAACAUCAAUCUCCACAACUUCAGCAAUUCUGUACUUGAGACCCUCAAUGAGCAGCGCAACCGCGGGCACUUCUGUGACGUGACUGUUCGGAUCCAUGGAAGCAUGCUGCGAGCCCACCGCUGCGUGCUGGCCGCUGGGAGCCCCUUCUUCCAGGACAAGCUGCUCCUGGGCUACAGUGACAUUGAGGUCCCCUCGGUGGUCUCGGUGCAGUCCAUCCAGAAGCUGAUAGACUUCAUGUACAGCGGGGUCCUGCGGGUGUCCCAAUCGGAGGCUCUCCAGAUCCUCACUGCUGCCAGCAUCCUGCAGAUCAAAACGGUCAUCGAUGAGUGCACCCGCAUCGUGUCCCAGAAUGUGGGCCUGGCUGGGCCAGGGGGGUUCCCUGUCAACCCGGGAGACUCUGGGCAGGAGACGCCCCGGGGCACACCUGAGUCAGGCACCUCUGGGCCCAGCAGCGAUGCGGAGUCAGUGUACAUGCAGGCCACGUCCCAGCAGAGCCUAGAGCGUGCGUACACAUCGCAUUACUCCUACUCCGGCCUUUCACUGCAGAAUGGAACCCGUGAGCGCUCCCACUACGUAACCAGUAUGACAACAAGCUACGACCCAGCCCUCGGCACGCAGAAGGACCAGCAUGACCAGGACCCGCCGUGGAUCACCCGCAUCCAUGAGAGAUCACAGCAGAUGGAACGCUUCCUAUCCACUCCUGAGACCACCCACUGCCGCAAGCAGCCCCGACCGGUACGCAUACAGACAGGAGGCGUUCACAUAAAGCAGGAGGCAGAGGACGAGUACAGCAGCUAUGGUAUGGAUGAGUGCACAGAAGACACAAACCACGUUGAGUGUGUGGAGAGUGAGCCGAAGGGUGAAAGCUUUGACUCGGGUGUAAGCUCCUCCAUCGGUACUGAGCCAGACUCCGUGGAUCAGCAGCAGUACCUGCUUGGCUUUGGGAGGGAAGGGGUUGGAGAGGGGCAACAGUGCGAGGGGACCCCAGUGCAGAUCGAUAUCAAUGACUCCUCCCCAGAGCAGAUGCAUGAGACGGAGGACAGGGGCACAUCCCACGGCACUAGCGACAGUAACAUGUUGCAGCCCCUGCCCAACCCAAUCAUGGCCCAGUCCCUGCCAAGUGCCCCACUCUAUAUGCGUCAGGCCGAAUCUCACACCAGCAACCUGAGGAUGCCGCUCACCAUGACCAGCAACACCCAGGUAAUGGGCACGGCCGGCAACUCCUACCUGCCCAACCUCUUUGCCACACAGUCGGCCAACAACAACAAGCCCUUCCUCUUCAGCCUGCCACAGUCCAUGGGAGGCCAGCAGCCCCAGUUUGUGGCCGUGCCGCCCCCUAGUAUGCCCCCAUUCCCUCAGCAGUUGAUGGUACAGCAGCAGGCAGCACGGGAACAGCAACAGGCAGCCCAGAUGGGACAGGGGGAGAAGAAGCCCUAUGAGUGCACUCUAUGCACUAAAACCUUUACUGCUAAACAGAACUAUGUCAAACACAUGUUUGUGCACACUGGUGAGAAACCACAUCAGUGCAGCAUCUGCUGGCGCUCGUUCUCCCUGAAGGAUUACCUAAUCAAACACAUGGUCACACACACAGGGGUGCGUGCCUACCAGUGCAGCAUCUGCAACAAACGCUUCACCCAAAAGAGCUCCCUCAACGUCCACAUGCGGCUGCACCGUGGAGAGAAGUCCUAUGAGUGCUACAUCUGCAAGAAGAAGUUCUCUCACAAGACCCUGCUGGAGAGACACAUGGCUCUGCACAGCACAGCGGGCGCCGUCACAGGGCUGUCGGGGGCAGUAGGCGCCGGUGGCCCCGUCUCCAUUCCCAUGGCCGUGCCCGAACCCGGCGCCGGAGUGGUGGCCAUCGCCAUGCCCGUCAGCGGAGGCGCCGGAAUAGGGGGUGGGGUCGGAACAGGAGUGGGUGUGGCUGCGGAGGCAAGCUGCCAAGAAGGGACCACCUACGUGUGCUCCGUCUGCCCUGCCAAGUUCGACCAAAUUGAGCACUUCAAUGACCACAUGCGAAUGCACGUCUCUGAUGGAUAAGUACAAAUAGAUGCACUUCUUUAAAAAAAAAAGAAAAAUGGCACUCGAUUUUUUUAUUUUGGGGCAUGAAGAGUAAUGAGUAUAGACACUGGCACAUUAAGUUUCCCAGAAAGGAGUUUUUUGUUGUUAUUCUAAAAGAAAAACAAGAUGGUGGCCUUAAGGCUUUUGUAGUUUGAUAUUGAUCCACUGGAUGGAUCCUUACUACAGGCCUCUAAAUGUAUGCUUUCCUAAAAUACUGAUUUAUGUGUUGAACACUACCGAAAGGCCUACGAAAGAAACACACACAUACACAAAUUCAAACUUACACACCUAUAUACAGUAUAGAUAUAUGUUUGUAUGAGUGUAUGUGUUUAUGUGUGUAUGUGUGUGCUUGUGCUUGUGUAUUUGUAUGUGUGUGUGACUGUUUGUGUGUGCGUGUGCAAACAUUGCCAUGGAAUUUCUAACAUGGUAAAUGUGAUCCCAUAUUGACCGUUUUGGGCACUAUAGGAGUCCAAGCUUACUGUGGUAUAAUUUUCAAAUAAACACAAAAAAAAUAUCUGGCUUGGGCUAAAGAUUCCCUCUUAAAAAAUAUUGUUGGUCACAAGUUUGCCUUCUUAUGUCGGAUAAGAGAAGGAGAGUAAUUCAUUUGACACUGGGUUUUUAUUUAUUAUUAUGGUAUCGAGGGAUUAAAAUGCAGCUGUUGUGGAGGUACAAGUUGAUUUGACUAAUUGUACUGAAAUGUAACUUCCUGUGAGUGGGUAUAGGAAUGGUUAUUUGGUUAAUGUUUUAUCGUCCAUGCGUUUUGAUGGUUCAGGUUAAGUUGACAAAAUUAGGGUUGUCGAUAAGGUCGUAUUUGAGCAACAACAAAAACAAAGUACGAUUGUUAGGAGUUUAUUUCGUUCGCGAACACUGCCACUAAUAUCUUAGAAGACUGUUAAGGCUCUAGCUUAUUAACAGAAGACAGAAGAAGGUUCUUCUUGACUUAAUCCCUUUCUAAAUGAUUGUUUAGUUCUAUGAAGAGGAUUUGACAUGUGCAGUUGUGGCAGGCUUGAGUAUGCCACCAGACUCAUCAUGAUUGCUGCUCCCACAACUUGCACCAGACUGUUAUCAGCUGUAGGUUACAACAUGAUUCUUCAUUAUUACUAUUAUCGUUCAAAUAAUUCCCCCCAAAAAUAUGUAUCUAUUAUUUGAUAAUAGAAUGAUUUACCAAGGAAGUUUAAGACAGCCGUCAAAUGGAUUACCGGUGAAUUGAGAAUGAUUCUGUGAACUUGCAUUGGAUAGAAAUAUCAUCCUAUGACCUAAAACUCUUGUCUGUUCUGUUCCUAAGGACAUGACCCCGCUAUUUGAGCAGGUGAAAAAAAUAAAAUGCACUACUCCUGAAAUCUUAGCUCCACCUGGUGGCCAAAAUGGCAUGUCAUGUCCGGACAUGACAUGCAGACAAGAGAGACACGAGGCAAAAUAAAGCAUGAUAACGUAUACCCGGGUCAAUAAUUAGCCUACUUCAUAAUAUACCACAACUUGCAGAUGGACUUUCCAGACAAUAAGAUACAUUCCUGUUUUCACCGGAUACCUAGACACAAGUGUGUACAGAAUAGAUUUGGGAGUAGGGAGCAGGGAUGCCGUUCAAGUGUCACGUCACUCAAAGGCUCUGCUCUGAUAUUUGUCUUGUUGUUCUUGCAUUUUAUCCAAAAUAAGACAGACACGUCUGCCUGCAACGGCAAUCUAACGUUUUUGCUCAUUUCUUUGAGUAGACACUUUUUUUUAGUUACAGUGAUGAGAUCGUAACUAACCACAAUUACAGUACAGUCUGAAAACAAUAUGUUGUAGAUAAAAACAAAGUGCUGCAUUGCAAAGUUUCUUCAAAUGCCUGUGCUUAAUAUUGAAUUGUUUUACUUAAGAAAUUAAAUUCUAUGAUUUUCAUUUUGUCAUUUUCUAAAGGAAAAAAAAUAUUUCUUAAAAGCUUGAUAAGAGGACUGCAUUAUUUUCUUGCAUAUAUGUUGCACUGCUUAAACCGAUAAGUGCACUACUGUUACCAGAGAUAUUUUAGUUUUAGAGAAUAAUAAUCAUUUUUUUAUCGAAUGUUUGGUUGUAGAAUUCACGUGUUAGAAUAGCUUUGUUCUAUUUUUUUGAUAAGGUAAUUCAACGUUUCUUGGCUUUUGUUAUCGCUUGCUAUUAUACGUAUUUACUUGUGCCGUGUUUGCGCAAGCGUUUAUUUUUAUUCAAAUCCGAACCAUCGUGUGAGCUUCUCUCUGUUUUUACCCUUUUAAUGUAUUCUUUUCAGGAGUUAAUCCCUUCUAACAGCAGUUAUCGCACUGCAUACAUUAGAACAGAUGCUGAAUUUUCAUACAAAAGCAUUCAUGCCAAAUGAUACCCCCCCCCCAAAAAACGAACGUUUUUUUAUAUAGUGUGCGUGGACAUAAAUGAUAUACAUAAAUCAUAGGUGUGUUUUACAAAUUUCUUUGGGAAUAAGAGGGCGGGUGGGAGAUUGUACGAAGCUUAUUUGCUAUUUGUAAAUUGUUUCGCGAGUGUGUGUCUCUUGUGUUUGUCUGUGUGAGUGUUUGUGUGUGUUGUAUAAUCACACUGUUGGUGUCCCAAGUGGAUGUGUAAUACCUGAACUGUAGGGCUUCCUUUGCAAUAUGCAGUGCAUGUACCAUGAGAAGCAGCUUUUGCUAACCCUCAUGGGCUAAUGAACACAUUUGUGAUGCACACUUAUGAAGACAUCUAUUGAUCAAAUAUUGAUACUGGUAAACACAUUGCCCCUAUUGGAAGAAGUAUAUGGCAUUUUGUGCCUAGUGCUUUAGUUACCCUCAUUCAGCUGGUUGCUAUUUGAAAAGGCAAGGUGUACCUGGUGAUACUCUUCUGCCAGCUUCACUGUGUUCUAUCUUUGUCUCUUUCAAAUGGGAAAAACAAGGAAGUGAUGAGGACUGUUAUUAACAUAGAUCACAAAGUUAGAAUAUCCUCAUAUCAGAAACAACAGACCUACUGCAUGCAUCAGAGAGGGGACUUCGUAUUAUGUUAUAGAGUUUCCAUCUGGUCACUGAAUAGCAUGUGGUUGUCAAGCGAAGGAGACAAUAUAGGAGACAACAUACUCUCCCCUACGUGUUUUGUGGAACAGUGAAUCUAUGUGUUUAAUUUGUCUCUAUACCCCAGCAUAUAUUCAUACAUAUCUGUUUUACCAUUUAGAAAUUAAAGCACGUUAUGUAUGUAGUCCCCCCCAUUUGAAGGUAUUAUAAGUAUUUGGACAAAUUCACUUAUAGUGUAUUACAUUUAGUCAAAAGUUUUGUAUUUGUUCCCAUAUUCCUAGCACACAAUGAGUACAUCAAGCUUGUAACUACAAACUUGUCGGAUGCAUUUGCAGUUUAUAUCGGCUGUGCUAUUAUGCUAUGCCCAAUAGAAAUGAAUGGUAAAUAAUGUGUAGUGUAUUUUGGAGUCACUUUCAUUGUAAAUUAGAAUAUCAUAUUUCUGAACAAUUAUACAUGAAGGUGGAUGCUACCAUGAUUAUGGGUAAUUAUGAAUGAAUUGUCAGUAAUGAUGUGUGAUAAAGUUACAGAGACAUAAAUAUCAUGCCCCCCCCCAAAUGGUAACCUCCCUGUUAUUGGUAAUGGUAAGAGGAUAGCAUGUUUUGGGGGAUCUUUGUGCAUCUGUAACUUGGUACAUUAACGUAAAAGUGUUCAGAAACAUAUUUUUUUCUUAUUUACAAUAAAAGUGCCUCCAAAAUGGCACAAUAAGUAUUCACUAGAAGUGAAUUUGUCCAAUACCUAUGACACCUUAAAAUGGGGGGACAAGAUACAUGAGGUGCUUUCGUUUCUAAACGGUAAAACAGAUAUGCACUGUAUGAAAAUACCUUCAAAUAAAAGGUGAUAUUCUGUACUGGCGCUUCAUAAGACAAUAUUAAACGUUUUAGCUUCAGUGUCCAAAUAAAUACGUAGGUGAGUGUAUGUGACUUGUGAUUGGCCAGCAGUUUGUUAUCCUCUGCUGCAGAGGUCUCUAGGGGGAACAUAAGCCUAUACAUGCUUCUACUCUAUAGCUUCAAUUGCUUACACUAAGACAAAGACCACUGAAUGGCUGCAUGCAAUGUUAAUUUGUCUCUAUUCUUGGAGGACUCUCUGUAUUCGUAGGUUUGAGGAGGCAAAGUACUUAACAGACGGCUACAGUAUGUAAGGAACUGCUGAGAUCUAUUUUGGUCACGUUAUUGCUCUGGCAUACAGUUGUUGUUGUUGGUGGUAGUGUUCAGGGCCGUAAACCAGGGCCUUAGUUUUAGUGAGGUCCGGACUGUUUUAAGAAAGUUGAAGCUCAUUUACUGCAUUUCGAUAUAUAUAUAUAUUUUUUUUUACUCUAAAAUGGUAUUUGGAGAACAGCAAACGUGACCCCAGCCAUGAUCACACUGGUCGCUGUAGGUCCAUUCACCUCAGUCCAUCUCCAAACACAUAGCCUACUAGCUAUACAAUUAGCCGCUACACAUGAACUCAGACCUGGGAUUAAAAACUAUAAUUGAAUACGUACAGAGGGAUAUGUUGGCAGAAAAAAAGUAUUUCAUUAAUGAAAAGUAAACAAAUUAGUUUGUUUUACAGAACAAUUGUUUUUGCAGUUUUACAGCUAAUUUCCUGCCAUUCUCCACAUUUUGCCAUGACUUAUUCCAUGUGAAUGAUAUCUGAGUGAGAGUGACUAACAAAAUCAGUUGGAAUCCCCCUGGAGUUCCCUGCUUGCCCAGUCGGUAAUUCAGCCACGAUUACUACAAGUUUAGAUAGCUGGCUAGACUAACUAGACUAAUUUACCAAUCUAAAAAUGUGUUACUGCCAUGGGCUAAUUGAGUGACUGUCCGUGAGUGACCUAUAACAACAGGAAAACUACUGAUGGACAACUAAGUUUUGAAAUGUCACCCUGUGUAUUCUACUAUUCUAACUCUCAACAGGAAGUUGAGACCCUGACGGAGUUCCAUCUUUAAAAAAUGUUUUAUUCAGACCUCUGUGUCCUGCUGUGUAGUUACAGCCCUGGUGGUUGUCUGCUCUGUGGAAUAAUAUAGAAAUGGUCAACCAGCUAGGCAGAGCAGUACAGUCACCAAAUUAGUCCCAGCAAACACAGUGUGUACCAUGCACCGUGAAGGCAAGUCCAACCUUCAGUUUCACAAAACAGAGUAAUGAAUGCACUCUAUGAUAGCCAUGGAGCCAUCACUUAUUUAUAAUGAAACCAAGACCAGACAAUAGUUGCUUCCAAAUGUAUUAUCAGUGAGAUAAUCUAGCGUUAUUUUGUGAUUAUAAAGAUUAUCAAGUGAUAUCAAGUGAUUCUUUUAACCACUUUGCAGUCUCUUACAGUCAGCCUAAAUGAUAUUUAUGUAAUACCGUGAAUCAAAUGCACUAUUGACUCUAGGUGUUUUUCUAAAGUGCGUCCUUUUCUCGAUGUCACAGGUUGUUUAAAAAGAUAAUAGCGAUGUAGAUGUUGGUUUUUGAGAUGCAGCGUUUUGAGAGUGGGUUUGGGCUAUAAAUCAUCCAUAUUAUCACACGGCUUAUGAGAGGUUUAAUGGAAAUAUGACAUGACAUUGACUGUACUGAGGUAUAGGCCUGUUGGUUACCCAUAGACGGUUGACCUCGCUCAUACGUGUGUUUUUAAGGCAAACUUGACUUACAAGCAGAAGUUUAGCAUUAGUAUCAUCUUAUGAUACUAUACAUUGACAUGACUUAAGAACUACCUAGGAUUUGUUUUCCAACAGCGCCAUUUUCCCCUCUCCCUGGCCUUACUUAUAACAGCUCUCUUUUUGUUUUAUUCACUUAUUGUACCAGUGGCUGAUGUCCCAUUUAUUGUGUUCAAUGAAUAGUCAGAAAGUUGUGAAAACAUGCAAUGCAACCCUGAUAUACACCCCUGUCAUAAUUGUCCAAUUUAUGUUUGUAAGAUUGCUAUAACAUAAUGUAUUUUUCAACUAUACAAUAUAUUCACAGGUAUAGAGUUACGUAGAAUUAAGCCUAUAGCUUUUCGUUUGGUGUUUUAACGGUCAUUUUCUUAUAUUUCACGUUUUUACUUCAGUGUAGAGACACAGGAUCAGUUUUGCAGUGUUUGAAUCAUCUGUGUGCUUAUGUGUUUCAGGGCUUUACUUUGCCCUUUUUUCUUGCAACCAUUGUGUACCGGUGUUUUUGUAAUUCGUUUUUAGUUAGUGGGCAGAGGAUAGACAGCCAUUGAAGACAUCACAGCUUGCCAGAAGCGCAUAUCUUCUGGGUGGACACAAACCUCUUUUCAAAUGAGAGAUUUUUGGGGGAAAAUAUAAGAACAAAAGUAGUGAUAUGCUUGAAUGCCACAGCACAUGUGAUGUAAUCGAUAUACACUCUUAGAAAAAAAGGUGCUAUGUAGAACCAAAAGGAUUCCGUCAGCUGUCCACAUGGAAGAACCAUUUGAAGAACCCUUUUUGGUUCCAGGUAGAACCCUAUUGGGUUGCAGGUAGAGCCCUUUCUACAGAGGGUUGUAUAUGCCUGGAACCAAAAAGAGUUCUACCUGAAGCGAAAAAGUGUUCUCCUAUGGGGACAGCCGAAGAACCCUUUUGGAACCCUUUUUUUUUCUGAGUGUAGUUCUAGUUCUAGCAGGCUUAGAAAUACUCAUGCUAUUUGUCUAACAGCUUACAUCAGUGUCCUCACAUUCAUUUCAUGCGCUUACAUAGUAUCUUGCAUAGUAACUCAGAUAGUAACGAACCGUUACCCUGACAGUAAACCUGCUGGCAUACAUUAUAUCUCAGAUCAAUUCCAACUACACGGUAUCAGUUGAAUCGAAUGGAUAUACAGUACAUACACCUCUUCAUCAACAACACGUAUAAUAUAAACUUUUUGAGAUACAGACAGAACUGCAGCUAAAUGAAUGUGCUUUGAGGGAUAUAAGGAGUGUGCCUAUCUAUCAAGUGCCUAUUUGUACAGUACUAUACGAAAUCUUCAUAAAGUAGUUUUGCUCUCCUGCAGUACAUUUUCCAAAUAUAUACAGUAUAUACACAUGAUAAUCUAUACACAAAUGAUAACAAUAUUUAUACUACUAUAACAACAAUGUUGGUCAUAGUCAUAACACAGUGCAUCCUAAGAAAGCCUUUUCAAAUAUCUUUAUCCGCCUCAAAUCUUCUAUUUAUAUAAUGAUAGAUUUGUGUUUUUAUUUCCUGCUGUCAUACAUAGCUUUGUAACUAGUACAUAAGAGAGAACAGCUAUGAUAAACAACAGGAGUUCAUUUACUGUAAUACAGUAAGACUCAUAGCCCACCCAACUCUUCUUCAUUAAAACAAUGAGUAAGCAUAUACAAUAAUAUGAUAUAGUAGCUGGUCCCUGUCUUCAUAUUUUCCGUUACACACACACACACAGAAAUGUUUUGUAAUCUCAAAGAGUUUGCCCAGGUUUGUAAGCACACCUAAAUUGUCAUGACUUUUGGCUUAUCAGCUUUAGCUAUCAUUCUUCUUCCAUACUGAACAUCCAUAAUUACAUUUUUUAUUUUUUUUGCUCUUCUAAAAAACAAAAUAGUAAUCACUAAAACCCUUUUCACAUUUUGUUUUGAUGCAAAUUGCCUACCACAGUCAAAUGUUGUCCUUAGACACAGCCUAGCUGUUCUCUCAGAAUUCAGUGAUUACGAUCUCAUGUGAUACUCCAGUCAGUUGAGCACAUACCGUUUGUUUGUUCCCUGCUCGUGGUUCAUAUUGAUGGAUUGCAUGUAUACUCGUGUCUUGGUGCUGGUUCGGGCGAUGAUAGGCAGUCGAAAUCUGUUUCUGACCUAGCAAUCAAUUAUGCUUCUCUGUCCCUGCACAUAGCUACAUGUGCACCUACAUUUCUGUGCAUGAUCAGUGACACAGAUGCAGUACUAUGUUUGAUUCAGCUACUCCAGUCUACAACACCACAGCAAUACCAGUUAGAAGUGCAAACAAGUUUUACGUGAAGAGUAGCAAGCCUUUGUCCGAGUGUUGACUGUAAUUAAGUGUCCUUAUAAACCAGAAUCAGACAGCUGUCCCAUUAUUAGCCUCUCUUCAGCGUUCUUCUCUUCACUAUCAUUGUAUUAGAGUGUUACUCUCUGGAAUAUGAUUUGGAGAUAAAUCGCCAUCUUUCUUUUUUUUGUGUAUCUCUAACUUCAAUUGAUAGGAAAACUUCAUGUUAUAUAUUAUCCGAACCCAAUACCCGCCGCAUAUUUGAAAUAUUGACAUUCCUGUAUUGUCCAGAACAUUCCUAACGAGUCUGGCAUCACAUUACGUGACUAUGUUGUAACAGAUGACGUGACCCCCAACAGCCUUACUAGGACACCAGAUCAUUUACUUUCUUUUCACUAUUUGCUGGUCUGCUGGUUAUUCUGUCCUGGGACAUUUUCCCCUCUAAGUUGGUUGGUCAAAUUUAGAUGAUUACAGGUCAGUCUCAGAAAAGCACUGCUUAGCAUCUCUUGCAUUGAUGAUUCCAUCGUUGUAUUUGCUAUAGCUUCUAAAUCUAGGGCAGAAUAUGCCCCUGCGUACACGACAAUACAAUGGUCUGCUUGCUACCAUGGCGUGCUCUCCUGGACCAUGGCGUGCUCUGGUGCCUAUCUGAUUGGGUUUCAUAUGCAAUAUCUCACCCCCCCCUCGGUAAAUGUUGUCUUUUAGUUAUAGAGAAUACUGAGUCAUCCAGAAGCUGUGGCGUUUGAAAGGUGCUGAAUAAAAGAGCCUCAACAGUAGCUUGCUUAGCACCUUUGGAUGUCUUGGGGCUUUCGGCAGGUCCCUUGAACUUCUCACAUGUCCAAAAGAUAGUUUAUGUCAAUGGUGAGAUUAAGCAACAUGCACUGCACUGUGUUACCCAUAUGUUUUUCUAAGUUGGUCCCUCUUUCACCUAAUAGGUUCGGUUAACACUUUUCUGUCCACUUUCGGCUGUGUUCCCCUUCCCCCCCACACUUGUGGUCUCAAUCAGCAUGCAAUCAUAUAUAAUUAGUUUGAACAUGCAGAACUUCCAUGACAAUACGUUGCUUUGUGUUGUUGUUGAAGGUGCCGGUAGUUGUCAUUAUUUUUGUCUGUUGUGAUAUGGAUCCAAGAAAACCAUUAGGGGGUUAUUGAACAUGUUGGAUGACAUGUUUUUUGUUGUUGUUGCCGUAAACACCAAAGAAUCAUAAGAAUAUCACAGUGUCUUGAGUUUCAAGCAGAAAGAACAUAAUCUGUUGUGUAAGCGAUAACAAAGACUACCAAGAUGUACAUUUGUACGCGUUCAGAUCUGGCUACAUGGCUACUGUUCUAUUUUAUUUUGAUACUAAAGACAGGGUGCUUGUGAAAAUGCGUUACUGCGUUUUAUACUCUGAUCACGAUCGGUAGACUGUAGUUGAAUAGUUGUGUUGAUGUGCCUACUGUAGACCAAAAUAGCUUUUCUAAAGAAAUUCAGCAAAACAGGAAAAAAUUUAUCUGACACGUAGUAGCUGGGAUGUAAAACUAUAGCAUGUUAUUACAUGAAUAAGAUUUUAAAUGUUGCAUUGUUCCUCGGCUUUAAAAGUAAUACUCAAUAUCUAUUAGUUUUUUUUCUACAUACUCUCAGCUAAUUGAUUUAGGCCUUUCCAAUACGUAUUUGAUUUGGUUUGAUUCAUCUGUUUGUCUUUGUUUGAGCCGUUCGUCUGCUAUUCCAGUUUUCAGUAGGUGAUUUCUUCCUGCCGUAUUGUUGAUUUCAAAGCUUUUAUUCUCUGAUAAACAAAAUGCACUGGAUUGGUGGAAAACUGAUACUAAACUGAAGUGCCAUGCACGAUUUAUCUAUUUGCCUGACUAAUAUUCAAAAGACACAUGUCUCAAAAUGUUAUUCAAACAUAUAGUGGAAGAUCCAUACCGAAUUUAUACUGUUUUUUUUUCAUACUUUGAGAUGGACCAAGAUGCUAGUUGCUUUUGCACAUAUUUGUUUAUUGGUUUUGCAAUGUGUUGAUGCCAUUGAGUCAAAAACUGCCCAUAACAACCAAUCCAAGUAACGCAAAGAGGCCUAAAUCUGAUUUAAGGGCCUUUUUUUUUAUCCCACAAUACGAUAUUAUUACAUUUUGAUGGCUACCCUAGAGCCUGCUACAGAUACAUUUUUUUCCCAGAGAGCAUUAAACCCAAUAGCCAGCAGACAUUUGAUGAAUAAUUACUGCAAAAACAACAAAAGAGUGUAAUAAUAUUCACAUUAAUUGAGUUGUAUUAACAUCUUGAAGAUGUGGACCAAAUUUCUUAUCAGUUGGUGUCAUACAUGAUAUCGAUUACUACAUGAUAUAUAUUCUGUAAAAUUAAUUGUUCAUAUCAAAGAAGAAUGUUUUGUUGUUAAUAUUACACUUAUUGAUGAGGUAUGGCCUUUUGAAGCUUUUUUCAAGCUGGAUGUUUGAAAUAUGAUGAGUAAUUUCUGUCAUGCUUCUUUAGUGUAGUAGUGUCAUAAAGUCAGUGUCUCCCUUGGACAUUGUAAGAUCCCCCUCAGUGAUAAAUCAGAAAUUCAGUGUGCUCUCGAAGUGUAGAUGUAUGUUACAGAAAGCUUAGGUUUUUAAUCAGACAGUCAAGCUUUUUGAGAGAAAAAAUGCACCUGCAGUGAAAUAUGAGGUGCAUUUAUAUAUACACAUGUAUUUAGUUAAGAAUACUUUGUUAGGUUUUGUUGCCUGCUUUGGCUUGCGAUUUCAUUAUCUUCCUGAUCAAAUACUCCUUAUAUAUUAAAAUAAUGAACUUGGCAGAAGUGGAGCUGUUGUAGUACAGGUAGUUAACAUCACAAUUAAGCAACCCUGACUUAUAUGCUGCAGUAAUGUUUUGUCAGUUUGUUUCUUUUAUGUGUGCUCCAAGUUUAUUUUUAUUUUUAUUACUGUUAUGAAACAACCUUGUUUGAAUUGUAUGACUGCUGUUUUGAAAUAGGUGAUACUUUUUUUUUAAUGUAUGUACAAGGAAGUUUUAUACUUUGACUUGUCAAACACUGGACUGGACUGAGUUUUCCAACAUUUCCAAGUUGAGAGCUAUUAUAUGCGAGACAUGAACCGACUGCACAGAAUAAAGCCUUACCACACCCAUUACCUGACAGAUGGAGCAUGUCCACACUGCUGGAGAAGGAAUAGUGACAACAUUUUUUUAUGGAAAUUGCUAAUUUAUAUUUGCACCAUUUUAAUUAAGUUCAAUAAGGUGCUGAAUAUAUAUGCUAAAUUGUUGCAUUUGUCAGGCUUAUAAAAUCUGUCCGUCAUUAUUAUACAAUAACAAUUUCAAAAUUCUCUGUUCUAACGAAAGACUGUUCUAAUAAGUAUAUGCUAAAAUAUCAAAAGGGAUACCACUUAAUAGCAAUUCAAUAAUCAAACUAAACCACUCAGUAUAUGUUGUCUUAAUGUUAAAGUCUUUUACAGAGUCAACUACCACUUAUCAAACCAGAAAAGAGAUUUGCACUAAACAUAUUUUGGUCUUUGUUGAUGGAAAGCAAUACAACACAGAACAUUUGAGACAUUCUUCAAUCCACAGUAUUUGAAAUAAAAGCGCUGUCUGUGUACAGGUGUAAUGCUGUGUAAAAGGUUAUAUUUUAAAAGUUUUUUUUUAAUUAUUUUUGUUUAAAGGUACAGAAUGGAAACCUGUUGUCUUUGAGACACAUUAUGAACUUGGACACGCACAUAUUGUUGUUUAGAGUUGACAUGUUUGACCAAUCAGAUGUUCUGUUUCCUCUUGUAAUUGUUUUGGACUAAAUGAAAUUGCUCUUACAAGCCCUAAGUGAGGGACAGGAAGGAGUUGAGAGUCACAAGAUGUCCCAUAAACAUGCACUCAUUGUAAAAUGUCCUCAUCAGAAAAAGAUGGUGGUAACGGAACAAACGGUAAUAAAGGUUUAUGUUAUGUAGACAAUAUUUUCUUUCAAAUGAUGCCAACAUAACACAUUAAACUUCCUCCAUGUUAAAACAUUCAAUUUCUUCACUGAUUUACUUAUUUUUUGGUUUUAAAACACUCACAUGUAAAGAUCUGAGGUCAGGUCGGAGUACAUUUUUCUGGGACAUAUUUGAUAACAUUUUUGAAAAUGGAAAAAAAAGACUACAACAUUUCUGUAGAAAAACACUGAUGGAUGGGAAAUGCAUCUUUCCUUGUCAAUUUUAACAUCAGUUUAGUCAUCCAAAGAAUCAAAGUCCACCCAAAUAUAUUGUAAUUCAUAAUUAUCCGUAAGGAAAUAGACAUCAAGAGUAGUGGGGUGAAAUAUUAUUGAAGUCGAAAUGUUCUCUAUUGAUAAUUAUAAACUAUCAAUCAUUUAUGAUAGCAAUCAUGAUAAUUCUAAUUUUUGGUAUCUGGGAAUAGUAGCUUUCCUGUUAUAACCGCUUUGUGGUGUAAUUGAAAGGUGUUGCAGUUUGUCUAAAUAUGAAGCAUAAGUAUGUGCCUUGUAAUCUCCUUGGUGAGCUUGUUAUUAUUGAGAAGCUGAAGCCAGCCAAUAGUGUUUGCACUAAAACCAAAUUGCUUUUGUGAUGUAGGCUAUUUAAGCAAGCUUGUUGCAUCACUUUAAACGUACAGUAUGCAUGAGGGUGAAAUUGGUAAGUUCUAGGGCUAGCGCUCCCAUCUGCUUGAUCUGUUAACUAGUGCAGCUUAGUGAAUACCCCGAAUAUAUAUAUCAGCUUUGUACUGCGUUCAGUUUUUGAUUCCAUCUCAUUCAUUACUCUUCUAAUUUCUCAGACGCAUGUUCCACAUUAAAUAACGUCUGUGGAAUGUCCAUACUCUAAAAGACAAGCAAAUGACAUAACAAAUAAAAUACAGCUCUCCUUUUUAUUUUCAUAUGCCACAGCUGAAGAGCUGCAUUACUGUAGUAAGAGAUAUUCAACCAUUUCUCUCAAUCCAUGGGGAUGCAUGAGUACAAGAGGCUACUUUCGAGACUUGGUCAACUUUAUUUUGAUUGUUUUUUAAAGUUUGUGUUUCUAAGUUAUUUUAGUCAGUUGAAAUCUAAGAGAAAUAAAUACCUACAUGCUUUGAGUCUUACAAAUGCACCUUAUUCAUGUCAGUCUGAGUGGAAAAGGCUGGUUAUGUAAUAUCUCUGAUUUAGCACCUUACUACACAGCAUGUUUUCACUAUAUGCCAGUUUUGCUAUUCUUCCGUGCAUAUGAAAUCCAAAAUAAACCUUAUAUAUUUUGUGAAAAUGUUUAAAGGGAUGUGCCAAAGUUAGGAGGCGAUCUCCCGAGUGUUUAAGCUUAUAAUUUUUUUCUUUCUUCCUCCUUCAGUUAUCACAAUGGUAUGUCAAACCUUUCCUAUCAAUGUGUGAAAGCAAGUUAUUUCAGCAAACAGUAUCAUUACCUGCCAUUUUACAGUAAGCCCUGUAUUUCACGUAUAUUUACCAGUGAUGUGUAUUUGUUAUUAUAAAGAAAAAUAGCCGUAAAGCUUCAUUAUGUUACAUAAUAUUGUGACUUUUUUCGAAAAACUGUGAAGACUUAUCUUGCAUAUACUUUAUACAGAAGUAUUAAGCCUUAAUACAAAAUACUAAAAAAAGUGUGGAAGAAUAAACUGAUUGUUGCUAAGUAAGGAUGAUUUUUUGUAAAUGUUACCAGCACUUUUUUUGUAAUUUUCACUCUCUGAGGUAUUGUACAAGUUCACGCUGUUUGUGAAGUUUGAUUAUGAAGGAAUAAAAAAACUAGUACUUUCUUGUACUUCACAGAAA